CAGAGGUGCCAGGCCGUAGGCCAACCUCUUUUGAGAAGUUCCCUCUGGGAACAUCUUCUGGUGGGUACUACAGACCUUAUUCGGGGCCCUAUGGCCUGUGGAACCUCACCGCUGGGGGGAAGGCUGGGCCUGUCGGAGUCAUCAUCUGUAGCACUAGCCUCAUGGAUGAAAUGGAAUGGACAACCAGACAUCCUAAGGCAGAGGAUCUAAGGGUUGGGCUCAUCAACUGGGCAGGAACUUACCUCACUUUUGAAGCAUACAAAAAUACAGUUACAACUACUGCAAAGAGUUUGGGCAGAAAACAGAUCUUGAGGAACCCUAUGGUGGAAUGGCCCAGAGAUCUUUCUAUUACUAUUAGUUGGGAGAGUGGAAGAGCUGACAGCAAGGAGACACCAGGGCAGACAUGGAGGGGAAGGUGGUUGGUCUUGACCUGGGAGCUCCUGGUUAGCAAUGAACAUGAGGCACAGGCUGUGAUACGACUAAAGAGCUUGCAGGGUCUCUACCUUCUCUGUGAGGCAGAUGGCACUGUGAGCUAUGGUCGGCCAAAGAACAGCCACCAUGGAUGCUUCCUACUCCGUUUCCACCGGAAUGGCAAGUGGACCCUCCAGUGCAUAAUCUCUGGUCGUUAUCUGGAGUCUGAUGGUGAGGAUGUGUUCUGCAACUCCCAGGUCCUCUCUGCUUACCAUAUGUGGACCCCCCGGCCAGCCCUGCAUGUCCACGUGACCCUGUACAGCCCUGUCUACCACAGCUACGCCCGGGCUGACCACACUGUGGGCCGCAUCUGGGUGGAUGCAGCAGUCCCCUGCCUAGAAGAAUGUGGCUUCUUGUUGCACUUCCAAGAUGGAUGCUACCACCUGGAAACCUCUACUCACCACUUCUUGUCCCAUGUAGACCGACUGGUUGCCCAAACAUCACCACAAACAGCUUUUCAUAUGCAAGUACGGCCUGGAGGGCUUGUGGCACUGUGCGAUGGAGAAGGUGGUUCAUUAUAUCCACAUGGUGCACAUAUGCUCCUGGGCCUGGGCUCCAAUCCCAUGAAGGGCCAGGAGUGGUUCAUCCUACAGCACUUCCCAACCUGGGUCAGCCUCAGGUCAAAGGCUCGGAAAUUCAUUUCAGUCAUCUAUGAUGCUGAGGUGUGUGCUGCCUCUGAGCAAUUGACCCCAAUGUCAUUGUUCCAGUUUGAAUGUGACUGUGAGAACCCCAUCUUGCAGCUUCGUUCAGCCAAUGGCUACUACCUAGCCCAGCGGCGCCACAAGUCAUUGAUGGCUGAUGGCCAUCCAAUGGAGUCUGAUACCUUCUUCCGUGUACACUGGAAUUGUGGCAAGAUUAUCCUGCAGUCUUCCAAUGGGCGCUUUUUGACUACUGCUGCCAAUGGCCUGCUGAUGGCCAGUGCUACCAUUCCAGGUCCAAAUGAGGAGCUGGGGAUUCGAUUUGCCAACCGCCCUUUCCUUGUUUUGCGAGGUCGGUAUGGGUAUGUGGGCUCCUCAUCAGAGCAUGACCUCAUACAGUGCAAUAUGGAUGAACCCGACUGCAUUCACCUUCUGCCCUGCCGUCAGGGCAUCUACCACUUCCAGGGGUGGAUCCUUCUGGUCAAUAACAUCCUUUGGCUCCUUCCGCCCUUGGGGAAAAUUUGCCCUCAACUUCUGCAUAGAACUUCAUGGAAGCAACUUGCUCACAGUGCUGGCACCCAAUGGCUUUUACAUUCGAGCCGACCGAAGUGGCACCCUAAUGGCAGACAGCGAAGAUGUUACCAAAGAGUGUAUCUGGGAAUUUUAGGCCAACAGGAUGCCACCUGCCAAACUCCAAAUCCUCCAGAAAAAUACUACUGCACUAAACAGAACAGGAACCCCAGAGUCAAGAUCCGAGAGAAGAAUAUCUGUUACACAACUUUUCCUACCCAGUUUAGCAAAACACCUGUUUUGAGCAACAAUACAUCACAACAGGCCACCGAAAAAAAAUCCUUGUGUGCAUCUGACUCUGAAGAGAGUAGGGGUAGGGCUGAGGGUAGAGACUGAGUCUCCAGGCUGCUGUAAGUUCCAUUAAGGAGAAAAGGAGACCAAAUGGUAAAGUUCUUCCACUCAUCCUCUUUAUCACUACCCAGAACCACUAAUCUUUUCCUAGUGGUCCCACGAGGAUCCAAUCUUGCCCUGAAGGAUUCAGAAAUAAGAUAUGACUUUAAAUGUGCUUUUUGUUCAGAACAAAUGAAGAAUUGUUAAUCCUAUGGGCAUAGGGUAAUGGUAAUAACACUUUACACCUGUAUGGCCCACUGUCUGGCCUCCCUCUUCUGCAGUUCAACAGAUUUCCCUGCCCUAUCAUUGUCUUUGAUCCAGUGAAGUGGACCCCACCAUACUUCCUCUACCAUUUCUCACCCUUUACAGGAAGCUGAAGUUCUUUGACCAAGGUCCCAUGCCUAAUGACAAAAGAGCUUCACGUCUAACUCAAAUUUUCUGACCCUGAUGUUUGCUAUUCUUUCCAGCAAAGCACCAUUUCUAAAAAUAUCCUUUAUUCCUGCUCUGUCUUUAUAGUGUGGGCCUUUAUCUACCUAAUAAUUACCCUAUUAAUGUUUUUUCUAUUGACACAGACUCAAACACAUUUAUU